CUUCCUUCCCAGUCAGUUUUGUCUUCAGUUCCCGACUCCUCUUCUCCCUUCGCCUCGCCUCCUUCUUCCCCUUGGAGUUGGAGGGGUAGAUUCCAACGCGGAAACCUCACGCCAUCCAUCGCAAUAUUCCUCUUCCGUGGCAACGAUCUCCUCCUGGCGCCCCGAUUCGAUCUCCUUGCCCGGCGAACUGAUUGAUUGAGUUACCGCUGUCUGAACCCCGUCAGACCUAAGCUGCAGCCUGCCGCCAUCGCCUGUUCCCUCCCGAUCUUCGUCGCGUCCCUGCUGUCUCAACCCCGUCCGUGAUUGUGGCCAUCUGUUCUUUUUGCGAGAUAACAACAGGCCCAGGAGAAGUAGAAGCAAAGCUCCAAUCAAAAUGUUUUACUCUGGAUAUGGUUACCGUGGAAGUAAUUUUGAGCAAACUUAUCGCUGUUAUCCAGCAUCCUUUUUUGACAAGCCACAUCUGGAAGGUGGUGACAAAGUAAUAAUGCCACCAUCUGCUCUAGAUCGUCUGGCUUCCCUGCACAUUGAGUAUCCUAUGCUAUUUGAGCUGCACAAUGGUGCCACUGAUCGGAUUUCACACUGUGGAGUGUUGGAAUUUGUAGCAGAAGAAGGAAUGAUCAUCAUGCCCUACUGGAUGAUGCAAAACAUGCUUCUUCAAGAGGGUGACAUUGUGCGUGUCAAGAAUGCUACCCUUCCCAAGGGUACAUAUGUGAAGCUGCAACCUCACACAACUGAUUUUCUGGACAUCUCGAAUCCCAAAGCCAUCUUAGAGAAGACUCUAAGAAAUUUCUCUUGCUUAACCACGGGAGACAGCAUCAUGGUAGCUUACAACAACAAACAGUAUUAUAUUGAUAUUGUUGAAGCGAAGCCUGCUUCUGCAGUUAGCAUUAUUGAGACAGACUGUGAAGUGGACUUUGCACCCCCUCUGGAUUAUAAGGAACCUGAAAAACCCAUAGUUCCCGCAAGCAAGGCUCCUGCUGAAGAUCAAGAUGCUGUUGUUGAAGAUGAACCAAAAUUCAAACCUUUUACUGGUUCUGGAAAGCGGUUGGAUGGUAAGGGCCCAAAACAGCAAGCACCUGAAGUCUCUUCAGCUGCUGUGCCUGCACGAUCUGCACCUUCAGACUCAAACAAAAGGGCAAGUCAGCAAACAGCAGCACCUUCAGGAGCUAGCACUUCCACUCGCCAGAAAACAGGAAAGCUUGUCUUUGGCUCAAGUGCAAGCAACAAGAAAGAAGCACAAAAGGAGCCUGUUAAAGACAGUGAACCUUCGAAGAAGGAAGAGCCGAAGUUCAACGCUUUCAGUGGAAAGAGCUACUCCUUGAAGCGCUAGCUGCUAUCUAUUACUACACGGACAACUUGCAAUCAAACAUGCUAUCUUGCUCGAAAGUUGUCUAUUUAGUGUGGUAGCUAUAGACACUUAGCAUCUUCGCUCUGCAUACAUCUGAAUCAGCAGCGGUGUGUUAGAAAUUAAGUGUAUAAAUGCUUAACUUGAUUGAAAUCUAUUUAUCAAGUAGAAAAAUGUCUCGACGAUUA